GAGAAAGACAGGCAAUAUAUAGCAGUAUGUGCAGAUGACGGUGACAUCCCGAGGGAAGCUUUAGUUAGUACGACGUAAGCAAGCCCUAGUUCAGGCGUUCAUCAUAUUGAGCUGAUUUUUCUGAAUCUGUGCUACCCCCACUGAAUCUGGGGAGUCAAAGGUAGCCUCGUCUCAAACCCGAAUGGCAGUAAUCCAAGAUCUGCCUUUAGAACUGAUUCAACAGCUCCUCCUCGAACUAGACCCAUUAGACGUUGCCAACGUCUCCCAAACAUGCACCACUUAUGCAGCACUUGUCUACGAUCCCCAUGGCAUCUCCUUCUGGCGCGAACUUUAUCUCAGGCAACCAUUCGAUGAUCCUCGUACUUGUUACACUGAAUUGGGGGACCCGGUUGGUCCUCCCAUCGACUGGAAAACCAGAUUGAAACGCAUCAUCAGAGCCCGAACGGUUGUGAACGACCCGAGUAAAUGCCGGAUUGACGAGCGACGCCAGGUCUACCAGACGUUACUGGAUAUGGUACGAGAGAUCCCGCCAACGAACAGCGACGCCGAGCAAUCUCUCAAUGCAGCCUAUGUUGUCUCUCUCCUGGACGGCCGCGAGUUUCUUGAUCUCGAGUCUUGCUGGACAGAACCCCUCGAUCGUGAAGAGCGUCAGAUUAGAGCUCGGAUUCACACUUAUUUCGGUCUGACUGCGAAGGAUUUGCAACAACCAAGGAGGACAGAGGCUCGAGGGCAGGUCUAUGCGAUGAGGAACUACAAGCCUCUGAACUUCUAUGGGCCGUUUUUGAAAGAUGGAAGUGCAAGAGUAGAUUGGGAAAUGAUGUCGCAUAUACAUCUGGUGAUGUCUAUUCACGUCGUUCCACCCAUCAUAUAUGAUGGAUUUAGGUAUAUUAUAUACCCUAUGUGCUUGCCAUAUUGUCAGAGUGAGAUACCCCGGGGUAUUGACCUUGACAAGGAGGUGGAUUGGGCGGGCAUCACUGGCACUUGGAAGUGCUCGUUCUGCUUCAUAGAUCAUCGAGAACUUCUCGUGUUCAAUAAUUAUAACGUACGUGCAUGUAAGAACCUAUUGAACAUGUGCCGCUUAUUUGUGCAGCUCUCCGACCAGAUUCGCCUUGAUACAUCUCUAUUUGACGAUCCCAAUUUCAUCGAAAUAUUCCGCACGAUCAAUGUGAAGUUCCAUGUAAAGGAUUCCGAACCUGAUCCAAAUCACCCCACACGUCCGAAACUACAUUUCGACGGUGAAAUCGAGGGCCAUGCUCAUAUGUUUGGCUGGGUUGCAAUCACGCCUGACGACAAUCUCAGAUGGCACUUUGAAUCUGGAGAACCGGGAAACCCUGUAUGGAGCUCCGAAGGGGUGCAAGUUGGCGGCGUUCGUUCAUUGUAUGGCGUCCUCGGUGUGUGGACAAGCGUAGAACAUGAUAUCAAUGACCCUGUUGGCCCUUUCUGGCUGCGCAAGGUCUUGGAGCCAGGCGAUUCUGGUGCUGCCUUCGAGGCUUCUGCUAAUCGAUGAGAGUGGACGCUUUGCUGGGAGUCUACAAUACGCUGGGACUUUGGAAGAAUCAGUUGUUUAUUGUAUUUUCGCAACCACAGUGACAUAUUACAAUACUCUUAGAGUCCAAGACGACGUAAUAAUCACUUUGUAAUGCUCGUCAGUAAAGGAGGCUUGUGCAGGAAUCGAACCCAAAAGAGAUCG